GAGAAAAAGAAACGAUAAGGAAAAGCACCCCAGAGAGCAAAGUGCGAACCCAGGCGACCAGGAUGAAAACUUAACUUUAACCCACCAUCUCCUUGACAUCACAUGCCUUUCAAGCGGAUAGGACAUUAUAGGGUGAACAGGGGGGAUGUCUCUCCCUCCCCCAUUCCACGUCCACCGCUUGACACCAGUGUCAAGUGUUUUAGUUUAGUGAUUAAACUACUGGAGACCGUCAAAUGUGACCGGCAAACUCAGGAACCAUCUGCAUCGGGACGACGCAUCGCAUGCGCAUUUCCCUCCCCAAGCCGGUAAGGUCAGUCAAGGCAAGCGAAAUGACGACCUACCAGCCCAGCCUCCCAAGCCUGCACGGUCGGAUAGGGACAUGUGCGUCCAGUGCGUACCCUCUAGUCAGAGCCAGUCUGCUCGAAAUGGAGAAGCUUGACCCACGGGUGUUACAGUCUGUUGCUUGAGUGCGGGUCAACAUGGUGCCAUGGAGGGCGUGUGCGACAAUCCAUACCCAUUUGAAGAGUGGAUUAAUUGCUGUCCGAGUGGACACUAGACCGCGACUUAGCCAGUUAGCCUCCACCGGCAAUGGAUUAAAGGCUAUGCUCCAUCACUAACGGUCGUGCGAUCGCAGUGGAAGAGGAAGAGAUUGGCAUCUGUCUUUAGUUAGCAGGCUACUGCUUUAUGAGUGAUAAAAUGAUAGCGCCUGGCAUCCUUCAUCUCGGUCGGGAUACGUAAGUUCCCCCGACCGCCUAUCAGCAUCACUCUACGAAAUUAAUCCGGUUCCCCAAUAUUAGGCACUUUCAGUAUCCCCGACCGGAACGUGGGAGCUGGCCCCAAGCAUAGAUCAUGGAUCAUGGACGACAUAUGCAGAUGAAAAAGAC